AUGGGCAGUGAGCAGAGCUCCGAGGCCGAGAGCCGACCCAACGAUCUGAACUCCUCAGUGACCCCUUCUCCAGCUAAGCAUAGAGCCAAGAUGGACGAUAUUGUGGUUGUAGCUCAAGGCUCCCAGGCCUCAAGGAACGUCAGCAACGAUCCUGAUGUCAUCAAGUUGCAAGAGAUUCCAACCUUCCAGCCACUCUUGAAAGGGCUGUUGAGUGGCCAGACGUCCCCAGCAAACACCAAACUGGAGAAACUGGAUUCUCAGCAAGUGCUGCAGCUCUGUCUCCGCUAUCAGGACCACCUCCAUCAGUGCGCCGAGGCCGUUGCUUUUGAUCAGAACGCUUUGGUGAAACGAAUCAAAGAGAUGGAUCUGUCUGUAGAAACCCUCUUUAGCUUCAUGCAGGAGCGCCAGAAAAGGUACGCCAAAUACGCCGAGCAGAUCCAAAAGGUCAACGAGAUGUCAGCCAUCCUGCGUCGCAUCCAGAUGGGCAUAGACCAAACGGUACCACUGCUGGAGCGGCUCAACAGCCUGCUGCCCGAGGCCGAGCGCCUGGAGCCCUUCAGCGUGAAGCCCGACCGCGAGCUCAGGCUGUAG